AUGGACUUCAUCAUGGAGCGACUUCAUCAUGGAGCGACUUCGUCAUGGACUUCAUCAUGGAGCAACUUCAUCAUGGAGCGACUUCAUCAUGGAGCGACUUCAUCAUGGAGCGACUUCGUCAUGGACUUCAUCAUGGAGCGACUUCCUCAUGGAGCGACUUCAUCAUGGAGCGACUUCAUCAUGGACUUCAUCAUGGAGCGACUUCAUCAUGGAGCGACUUCAUCAUGGAGCGACUUCAUCAUGGAGCGACUUCAUCAUGGAGCGACUUCGUCAUGGACUUCAUCAUGGAGCGACUUCGUCAUGGACUUCAUCAUGGAGCGACUUCGUCAUGGACUUCAUCAUGGAGCGACUUCAUCAUGGAGCGACUUCAUCAUGGAGCGACUUCAUCAUGGUCUUCAUCAUGGAGACGCUCAGAGCAUAUUAUAG